AUGUCGAAGCCUCGCGGCGUCGUGGAGCCGUCCAUGGUGGCGGUCAGCGUCAACGAGUACGUCGGCGACGUAUCGCGGGCGGGAUACUACGAGGGUCACGGCGUGGCGCACUUCCGCGCGGGGCAUCGGUACGAGGGCGGCUUCUCCAAGGGAAAGAUGUCCGGCUCGGGAAGGUACGAGUGGGUCGACGGCAUCGUGUACGAAGGGGACUUCGUGGACAACGUGGCGACGGGGGUCGGUAAAUACACGUGGCCAGACGGCGCGACGUACACGGGCGAGGUACGCCGAGGCCUGAGGCACGGCCGCGGCGUCCAGGCGUUCGCCGACGGGCGCGUCACGUACGACGGCGAGUGGAAGGACGGGAUGAGGCACGGGAUCGGCACGCUCACCUUCGACGCCGACGGCUACGCGCGGUACGAAGGCGAGUGGCGUCACGACCGCAAGCACGGUAAGGGUAGGAUGCAGUACGCCUCGGGUAACUGGUACGAGGGCGGGUGGGCGUGCGACCAGAAGAACGGCCGAGGCGUCAUGUGUUGGCCCGCGUCGGGUGAGACGUACCGCGGCGAAUGGGUCGACGGCAAACCCCACGGCGUCGGGACGCACGCGUGGGACCGCGUUUUGUCGGACAAGACGGAGACGGACGCGUUCAACUCCUCGUUCAACUCCUGGUUCAACACGCACAACUCCUACCGCGGCACGUUCGCGGCGGGGAUGCGACAGGGCUACGGCCGGUUCGCCUACGCCAACGGUUCGUCCUACGACGGCAACUGGUACGCGGAUCAAAAGCACGGCGACGGCGCGUACACGUUUGAAGACGGCAGCGUGUUUGUCGGUCGAUUCGAACGCGACCGACCGGUGCUCGGCACGCAUCCCGGUGACGGCGACAACCCCGGCGGCAGUGCACGGUUCGAACCCACCGACCACCUGCGCUUGGACGUCGCGGACCUCAUGAGCGAGGAGGAGCAGGCGAGGGAUGACGAGCCCGCGACUUCGCUGGACUUUACGCUGAAGCGAUACUCCUCCGAGCUCCGAGCCAUCUACCGACGCGCGGCGAUCGCGGGCACUGCGAUCGACCCAACCGACGAACAACCCGACCGUAACCCGACGCCCCUCUCCGUGCCCGGUUUCGUCCGUUUAAUGCGCCGCGCGGGCGUCGCGGGAGCCGACGUCACGUGCGUUCAGCUGGCUCGAGCCGCGCACGCGGCUUGGAGGGACUCGCCCCCCGUGAUGGAACCGGUUGGCGACGCGGACGAGGACGAGAGCUCGAGGGAGGAGAGGCGUUUGCGACACGAGCGCGAGUUAAGGCGCGGGAACGUGAUGGACCCGAACGGCGUCAUGGUGUACAGGCAGUUCGCCGAGGCGUGCGUGCGGGUAGCGCACGUCAAGUUCAACGAAGCCUUCGGUUUGGACCGGAGAGCCGAGCACCUCAUCGUGGAGCACCUGCUCCCGUCCGAGCUGGACGAGGCGCUGGACGAGUCUCGGACGCUGCCGUGGGACGCGAAGAUGGAGGCGGUGGAGGUGAGAGAGAGCGCGGAGGCCAAGGCUGAGACGUAUUUCCGCGAGGUUCGCGGCACAGCCGAAAGUGACGGCGCGGACGAGGAGUCGCACAGCUGUGCGACGCCCACGGUGACGGGUCGCGCUUUUCUGCGUUGGCUCAAAUCUAAGGGUGCGCUCGCGGACGGCGACGAGGGGGGCGAGCCGGUGACGUGGCCGCCGCCCGAGCCGGAUCCCGACGCGGAUCCCGGGAACGACGACGGGGAGGGCGAGGAGGAGAAGGCGGCUGACGGGGACGGCGCUGGAGACGCUGAGGAAGCUGAGGAGGGCGAAAAAACCGAGGAGGGGGCGAAGGAGAAAGCCCCGCCGGCGCCGUCGCUCACGACCCUUCAGGCGCUCGCCGCGUUCUACCACGCCAUCGGUCCCGUCGCGGCGGCCGCCGAGGAGGAAGCCGCGCGGGAGGAGGCUGACCGGGCGAGGUACGAAGCGGAGGAAGCCGCCGCCGCGACGGGGACGGAGAAUGGGGAGCCCGACGGGGACGCCGCCCUGGAGAGCGCGAGGAUCGCCGCGGAGGCGACGCGGCUCGCCAGGGCUGUCGACUGCGAGGCGAUGUUCCCGGAGUUCUUCGAAGCCCUCGGGAGGUGCGCGGACGCGGCGGUGAAGACCGAGGGGUCCUCGUUGGCGGAGAAGCUCGCGACGUUCUUCGCCGAGGUGGUCGACGUGACGCCCGCCGUCGCUAGCGCCUAA